AUGCUUGGGCUGGUUCCUCUGCCUCCCAAUCGUGGCCCUCUGGCCCCAAGCCUGCACGACAACCCGGGCGCACGGGCCCCGGAACCCAGCUCUGAUUACGCAUCAGCUGGCCGAGCUGGCCGAGCUGGUACCUACGCCAUGACCCGGUCUCUGAAGAGCAUCCAGCUCUCCGAGAGCGAGGGCAAUGCACCAACCACUGGCAGCACUAAUAGCCACCGUGCUUCUGAAAUCCGACCCCAAUCUGACAUGCAUGUGCAUUGUGUGUCAGCUGGGCAUGGUUAUGCCUUCGAGGUGAAGGCAGGCCAGCACUUCCGCGUAGUAGACCUACAUGGCCUGCAAGUGGUGGAUUUGGCUGCCUGGGCUCUACCGGAUCUCAAGGAGAAGCUGUCCAUGGCCUACACACGCUUUCACCUCCGGGGGACCACACCCACGGUUGGCGAAUGCUUGAUCACCAACAAGGACGAGCCGAUCCUGCGAAUAGUCGAGGACACCGUCAAAGUGCAUGACAUGACCUUCAUGUCUUGCUUUCCAGAGAUGUAUGAGAAGCUUGGUCAGAAGGGGCAUAGAAGUUGCGCAACCAAUAUCGCUGAAGUCAUGAAGCCCUAUGGCAUGAAGAGCCAUCUAGAAGUCACCGAUCCUUUCAAUAUCUUCCAGAACACGCCGAAUUACACCAUCAAGGCUUUGAAUACUAGCCGUCCUGGGGACUAUAUUCAAUUUGAGGCCCUGAAAGACACGGUGUGCGCGGUCAGCUGCUGCCCGUAUGAUCUUGUAGGUCCUCCACCUCCGUUUGAAGCCUAUCACUUCAGGGUUGACAUGAGCAGAAUGGUUUUAAUGGUGGGACCGUGA